GAAUGCAACUGUUACUGGUUGGAAGUGUCGUGCCCCCAACUCGAGGACAGUGAAGAGGAGUGGGGGACAGGCAACUUACUGAAUAGUGGGGAGGCACCUGAAGGGGAGCGGUCUGGUGAUAUGGAUCAGGAGAUAACUGAGACAGGUCAGGGAGAGGGUUUGGCAAAGGAGGAGCUAUCAGGAUUGUGGGACCUUUGGGGAGAAGGGUCAGGUUCUGACCUGGAGUAUGCAUGGCCACUAUCUCCUCGAGCACGCAGACAGGAAAAAUACCAGCAGCAGAGGUGGGAACUUCGAAGAAGCCGGCAUCUCACAAGGAGACAACAGGAGCCAGAUUGAAUCCAUGGCAGCUGGUGGGGAUGGAGUGUUAAGGCCAAGGACUAUAGAUGUAUGUGCUUCAGCAUGUGCUUCAAACAACUGCUGGAAACAACGUGUCGUCUUGGCGUGGGCUUCUGACGGAGAGACUGUAACCUUGAAUUCGGCGCUUCUCCUUCCUGACUCCUGUUAACCCUACCUAAUCGACAAUAAACCUGAAACCGGAGCUACUGGCUCGUGUGGCAUAAAUCUCUGGUUGGCGUCUUCCGUCAAGUGAGCUUGUGACAGGAAGAUGUUCUUGAUUGUAGAGGAAUCGUACGUGCCCAGACAUGCCUAUGAAUAUGGAGGAAUCUAGGCAGAGUUCCUGCUGGGGGCUGUGCGGAAGGAUGGCAGCUGCAGAACCCUUGACUGCUUUCUCCCGUUGGUACCUCUAUGCCAUUCAUGGCUACUUCUGCGAGGUGAUGUUUACAGCUGCCUGGGAAUUUGUAGUCAAUUUCAACUGGAAGUUCCCAGGUGUCACCAGUGUAUGGGCACUCUUCAUCUAUGGCACUUCCAUCCUCAUUGUAGAAAAGAUGUACCUGUACCUGAAGGACAAGUGUAACAUUAUAGCGCGCUGCCUCAUUUAUACCCUGUGGACGUAUGUUUGGGAGUUCACCACUGGCUUCAUUCUGCGCCAGUUCGAUGCUUGCCCUUGGGACUAUUCACAGUUUGACUUGAACUUCAUGGGCCUCAUUACCCUGGAGUAUGCCAUUCCAUGGUUCUGUGCAGCAUAUAUCAUGGAACAGCUGGUCAUCAGGAACACGCUGCGUUUGCGGUUUGAUGAGAAUGCCGAACCAGGGGUUCCUACUGCUGCCGUAACCUUGGCCAAUGGUCACGUGAAAACUAAUUGAAUAGUAACUUAGAGCUGCACUCUAACUAAUUGAACUCUCUUCCCUGCCCCCUUCAUUGGAGACCAGAGAUGACGGCCUCAAAAACAAAACUCUUGCUUCCUGUAUGAUAAACAAACCUCCUGUAUUGGAGGUAUGCAUGAAAAAAUGGAACCAGUAGGUUUUUUUUAUGGAUUUUACUUUUUUUUGUUUUUUAAACUGCAAGUAUCACUGUCAGCUACCUGUCGGCUAGAUAGUUUCUGACUUGUAACUUACUAUGAAACCAGUCCUAUUACCUGCGUUUUCAUAUGGGGGAAAAUGCUAGUCAAGCUUGUACAAAAAACAAGUUAGUAGAUUGGCACAGAUACUCCAGUUAACUUAGUGAUUGGCUUAUAUUCCAUUAGGCAAUAUUCAGGUGCUUGCUUGCAACCAAUACCUCCCAUGGGAUCUGAGACGCUGCAGGGCAAAGGUAAAACCGACAGCUGUUGAGACAGCCCAACAGUGGCAGUCUACUGGGGAGGUCGAAUUUGCCCUCUUGUGUGCUUAUCCUAAGGCUUUUUUAAAAUUGCACCACAGUGUAUAUGAUAUUAUGGUGCUGGACAUCUUGCUGGAUUUAUAUAAAAAUAUUCCUUUUUUAACCAUCAAUUCUGAUACUCACUAGAGAGCAUGUUCUCCCACUUUUUUUUUUUUUUAAAUAAAGGCCUGUUCUGCUGGAUGAAUUUUAUCAUGAUCAUACAAGCUACAUUUUAGUCAAGUAGCCCCAAGUGGGAGAGAAAUGGCUGAAGUCUUCCCUGCCUCCUGUCCUUGUAGUGGAACUCCACAGAAGGGCUACUUCAGGUUUGAUUCUUGCAACCCCCACAGCAACAGUUCACUUCACCAGGAUCUUCUGCCUCCCUCCCCAGAGAGUUUUCUGUCACCAGUUAUACUGAUGGCUAUAAAUGUGGAUCAUUGGCCCUAAUGUUAAAAGUCUUCAUGUAACACCUGGAUUCACUCGGAGUUGGAACCCUGCAGGACAGACCAUAUAUUGCUUGUGUUCUUUUCUGUCUGUACCAAUUGGUCUUUAAACUCUGCCUUGUGUUCUCAAUGUGCUAACAACAGUAUUAGUGCAGCAAGCUCUCUUCAUAAAGCUAUUUACAUGCAGCAGGAGGUGAUGCUACCCUGCCUUGUAGUGGGGAACAUGGUAGGGUCACUUUUCAGGUUCUUCCAGGUGGGUUGUGGACUAUGUAGCAAGGGCUGCAGGAAUUCUAGUUCAGUUUAGAGCAUUCUGGGCUUAUGGCAGUGUGAGAAACCCAAGCAGAUGUAUGCCUUUCAGAGGCACUGUGACAAAUAGUAAUGAGAAAGAUGUGGUAUCUGGCAGCUACCAAAAGAUUUUUUUUUAAAAAAAUUAUCAGGACCUUUUCUUUCUUUCUUUCUUUCUUGGCUGCUUAAAGUAGCAAGUCUCUAAUAGCCUUAAGAAGAGGAGAUGCUGUCACAUGGCCUCUUGGACCAGAAGCACUGCGAUAUAACUUGCACUUAAUGGAAUGGAAUUGCACUAGCAAUGAGGUGGACUUGUGUUGCGAAUAUAUGGUUGCAGAGCCUCUUCUGUUUUUUGCUGAUGUGGCUGCAUUAAUAGCUAACCACUGACUGUUCUAUCCAUCUACCAUUCAGUUCAUGCCGUUGUUUGUUUCUCUAUUGAGUUCCAUUCUAGGAAAAAGAUAUCCUGCCACCUUGAAUAGGUUUUACAUUGUCUUAUGGAUAAGAAUAAGACUCGCAUUAACUCAUCUUGUAUUUUCAAGGUGUGAAUAUUUUAUUCCUCCACAUUUCCCCUCAAGUGUGAUAUCCAUUGCUGGCAAUGGAUUAGCAUGAACACUGGCAGCAGGAGCAUAAUCAUGUCCACUCUGCCAUAGAUGGUAUCUCCUGAAGUACUCAGAACACAGAGAGAUUGGUGUUUCUUUUCUUAUAGUUCAUCUCGCUCUUUUUUUAAAGUAACUACUGAAUCAAAUUGUGUUUCCCAUAUGGGCACUUUCCAGAUUACACACUACAACCGGGGUUAAAUGCUUCGGCUUGGCAGGGUCGUAUUGAAAAUGACCCCCAGAAUCUCAAACUCCUACAACUGGAAAAUACAGUGACUUUUUUGUGAUGCACAUGCAACAUUGUAGUACUAUAACACAAAGAUAAAACCCAAAAGGCGGCAUCAGAAAUGUGAACGGCAACUUGCUGUUAGUGCAGGGACUGCGGUGUCACGGCACAGGAAGUACAGAAGCACAAUUAGCAGAUCUGUAGUGACACUACCCUAAUGUUGUAGGGUUGAAUCUGGAAAGCACCAUGGUAUGUUUGCAUACACUGCAGCACUGCAAGAACAGUCAACUAGAUUAGAAGAGAAGAUGGAGAGGCAAUUCAUUGGAUAUGGAAUUAUGAUCUUAAACUCUCUUAAUUGAUAAUGGAACUUUGUGAGUACUGUGAAUAUAGGUGUUCUCUUGGCAUCCUGUUUCUAUAAAAUGCCCUGAAACACAAAAGAGUAAAAGCAAAUUGGAAAGAUGUUUGGCAUUGUUUUUCAUGGUGGUCUUUGGUUGUUGGGUUGUUGUUUUUUCCCCUUUGCAUUUAAGAAAAAAACUUUUCUCCAAGUAUUCUUUGGUGGAAGGAAUGGUGCAAGCAGAGUACACCUUCACUUUCUGGUAAUCAUGUUUGUGAAACAUAAUAUGAGACUGAAUAAAUACAGUCUCCCCAUUUAAAUUGAUGGCCACUUCCAAUAAGUUUAGACCUUCAGCAGUGCUCUUCAUUAAACUGUAACACUGGUUCAUUAUCUGACGUUAUAAAAGCACUAAAUAAAAGUUUUAAAAUGGCAAAUUAGCUGAUGCUGCUAGAAUACAUAGGAUUGUGUCUUUGGGUAAGGAAUAUAUUUCUCCUGCAUUAGCCAGUAGCAGUUAUGUGCUCUCUUGAGUUCUAUAAUCUCAUGUGAAAUUAUACAGUUAUUUCAUGGAUGGACAAUAGUUAGCCACCCUGAAAAAUGGCUUCUGGCCUUUAGCUUAUGAAUAUCUCAUACAAAUAAGCUCCAUUUCCCCGUGGUGCAUCAGUACUGCACAUCCUAAAUCUUAUUUUAUGCUGUUUUAUCUGGUUAAUACUGCUUAGAUGUGUCCUCAAGGGGUUAUAAUUUUCACACAGAAGUGCACUUUAUUCGCAGUUUGCACACCAGGAACUAGAUAGCUCAUGUGAUCCAUGGGGUUUUCUUUAACACAAGUUACUGUAUCUGCCAAACCCUGCAGAUCUCACUACUCUCUCUGAGAAAACCAACUUGGUUGCAGUCUGAGAUUUACCCAUUUUACUUCAUUUAUGUGUAUUUUCUUUUUGUCUCAAUUCAACUGAAAACUACUGAUGGUUGUUUUACAGCUGGGUUGUUUAAACUACACAGCAAUGACCGUCACAUUGCUGACCACAGUAGCCUAGAAGCUGUACAGUGGAGGAAGCACUUGCGUAUAAAACAGAUAAUAAAACGCACUCAGUCCUCAGUUAAAAUUUUGUUUGUACGUUUAUCUUCCUCAGUAGAUUAAAGUUGCCUGUUUGAAUUCACCAGCAAUAAAAACUUGUGGUUUGUUGGCUUUGCCCUUUCUCACUCA